UCAAAAUUGCCAAUUUGCGCAUACUAUGUAUAUAAAUAUAUUAAUACAUAUUUGCAAGAAUGACUCCCCAUUCAUGGCAAACAGGGCCAUAAACAGACACUUAACGGCGUGGCAGUGACUACAAGCAAGGCUUGAUUAGAUUAUGACUGCUUCUCUCCUUUGCACUCUGUCAUGGUUCCCAGAUGUCAGCCUUAACCUUCAGCUGUGCCUGUUAGCUCCUUGCUCUUGCUUUGACUUGAAGUUGGUGGAUUCCUUUGAACCAGUAACAUCUCUAGAUUGAUUAUUCAGCUUUAAUUCUCACCAGAGGAUUAUCAUACUUUUUCCCAUUUUUCCCAGUUUCUCCAAUUGAUGUUUCUCAGGUUUGGGGAUUAAAUAAAACAGAUAUAUUUCCCAAGAAGCGUUGAGAAGGAAAUCUUAUAUGGGAGUAUAGUCAAGAGUUCUCACAAGGCAGGACUUGACAAAAGGCAAUUAUUGUAGGGUUCUCUGGCGAGUAAGGUCCACUGAGUCUCGUCCAUUACGGUGUCUUGGGGGCCAGGGUGGGUGCAUGACCUGUGGAGAAUACUCGGUGAAAAGUUGCCGGCUCAGCGAACGAGUUUCCAACUAAUGGCUGUAUGAAAGCAGUGUGUGAACAGUUGUGGCUGAUGAUGGUGGUUCAGGUUGUAGAGUUUUUUGUGGAAGAUGAACUUAGAAGACUCUGAGAUCCCUGUUGUGCCAAGGGAUGCCUUGAAUGACAGGGAAGCUUGGGUUUUUAUAUUCUGGACACUGGACAGAGAAUUGAACAUGACACAACUGAGACUUUGUUGAGAGCCAUGGGGUGAGCUGAAGGCCGAAAAGCCUUUUUCUUCUCUGUUUUUUAUUUAAUAAAAGGUCAAAGCUGCAGGAAAGUGGAAAGAAUAGUGCAAUGAACAUGUAUAUUUCCUUCACUAAAAUUUACCAGUUGCAAAUAGUUUGCUACAUUUGCUUGACAUUGUGUCAUCAAUUGUCCACAUUCCAUACUUGUUGAGUUAUUUCCUUGCGAUUAGAAGCAAGUUACCACUUUUUGGUGAGAACCCGCAUAAGCAGUGAGUGCUUGCUGUUGCUUCACAACAGGAAGCAUGAUGGUCCCAAUUGGCCCCAGUAAAGGUGAUACUGACUUCAGUCACCUGGUUAAAUUGGUGUCUAUGAAGGCUGCUUUUGUGUAAAGCAGAGAAUUUUGGAAGGAACUUUUCACUGACUUGUUUCUCUGUCAGUUGUACCUGCUAUUGAGAAACAUUUUGGUGUAGUCAAAAAAAAAAAAAAAAAAAAAAGCCCUGGAAGCCAGGAGACUGGGAUUUGAGACCAAGCUCUACAGUCAUCUCUCCCCCAAACUAUAGACAAGUUACAUCAUCUCCCUGGGCUGAGCAGUUGUACAUAAAAGGAAAUAGAUACUCAGAGAGGUGAAGCAAUUUGCCCAAGGCCUCUCAGCUAGGAUUCACCAGCUGUUCUGUUUGGGCCAAAGCCCUGCCCUUGCCCUGAGGUGGCCAGUCAUUAUUAUGGUGGCACCAAGCACUAGGAACUAAUGCUCAGAAUCAAGCAAAACACCAGCCCUUGUAGGAUCUGAGGCAAGAGGGAAGAGAGAGGUGGCUCUCUUGCCCAGUUUUCUCUCGUGCACACAUGGCCUAAAAAGGCCCAGGCACCUCAGGUGAGCUGGUAUGCAGGCUGUUAGGCUCUCUUUGCCACCUUUGGAAUAAAUGGUUCCAUGUAGAUGUUACAAAGGUGAGCUACUGGCCCCAUUUCAGCCCCCACCUCCCCAGACAGGGAAGGCUUUACGUACCUGGCCUUGGCUCAUGUUAGGGUCAGUGCCCAGAGUCCCCAAAUUGGCCCAUGAAUCCCAAGGGCAGUUUAGAUGGAUGGAGAAAGUACUGCCUCAGCCUGCCUGGGUUCCUGGGGGGAGGGAGGGAGGCAGGAAGGAUUAAUGGGGGAAAGGUGUGCAGAACCUUGCCAAGCAGGUCGCUGUGGGUGGGGAGUCACUGCCUGCGUGCUCUGGACGCCCUAGGAUUUGGGUGGAGGUUCUCAAGGAGGCAGCCAGAAAGGAAGGCUGUGGCAGUGACUCUGGAGUGCUCCAGGACUGCUCUGCCGGCCCUCUGUGCUGGCAGCCCACCAGCCCACCAAUUGACGUCUGUCUUCCCAGUUAGCAGCUCUCUCCAAAGCAAGUAGCACCUGAGCUCUUGGCUGAUGGGAACUUCCCUGUAGAGGUCCAUCUGCGUCCAGACCCAGACGAUGCCAGAGCUAUGACCGGGCCUGCAGGCGUGGCGCCGAGGGGAAAUCAGCCAUGGAGCAGCCACCAGGGGAAGCCCCUGAGGUCCGGCAAGAGGAGGAGAAAAAGGAAGUGGCAGAGGCAGAAGGAGGCCCAGAACCCAACGGAGGACCAGAGCGCUCGCUUCCUUCCAGCAGCUAUACAGGCUCUGUCCACCUCCCCUGGCCCCAGUCCUGGCAGCGUGUGAAGCCACCCCUAUGUUGUGUGUCUGCAGACCUCUCCCAGAGCUCCUCACCACCCUCGCUGCUGGACCAGUUGCAGAUGGGCUGUGACGGGACCUCGUGUGGCAGCCUCAACAUGGAGUGCCGUGUGUGCGGGGACAAGGCAUCAGGCUUCCACUACGGUGUUCACGCAUGUGAGGGGUGCAAGGGCUUCUUCCGUCGGACGAUCCGCAUGAAGCUGGAAUAUGAGAAGUGUGAGCGGAUCUGCAAGAUCCAGAAGAAGAACCGCAACAAGUGCCAGUACUGUCGCUUCCAGAAAUGUGUGGCCCUGGGCAUGUCGCAUAAUGCCAUUCGCUUUGGCCGGAUGCCAGAGGCCGAGAAGAGGAAGCUGGUGGCAGGGCUGACAGCAAGCGAGGGGAAUCAGCACAACCCGCAGGUGGCCGACCUGAAGGCCUUCUCCAAGCACAUCUACAACGCCUACCUGAAAAACUUCAACAUGACCAAAAAGAAGGCCCGCGGCAUCCUCACCGGCAAGGCCAGUCACACGGCGCCCUUUGUGAUCCACGACAUCGAGACAUUGUGGCAAGCAGAGAAGGGCCUGGUGUGGAAGCAGCUGGUGAACGGCCUGCCACCCUACAAGGAGAUCAGCGUGCAUGUCUUCUACCGCUGCCAGUGCACCACAGUAGAGACUGUGCGUGAGCUCACCGAGUUCGCCAAGAGCAUACCCAGCUUCAGCAACCUCUUCCUCAACGACCAGGUGACACUUCUCAAGUAUGGUGUGCAUGAGGCCAUCUUUGCCAUGCUGGCCUCCAUUGUCAACAAGGACGGGUUGCUGGUGGCCAACGGCACUGGUUUUGUCACCCGUGAGUUCCUGCGAAGCCUCCGAAAGCCCUUCAGUGACAUCAUCGAGCCCAAGUUUGAGUUUGCUGUCAAGUUCAAUGCCCUGGAACUUGAUGACAGUGACCUGGCUCUCUUCAUUGCGGCCAUCAUUCUUUGUGGAGACCGGCCAGGCCUCAUAAACGUUCCCCAGGUGGAGGCCAUCCAGGACACCAUCCUGCGUGCCCUCGAGUUCCACCUGCAGGCCAACCACCCCUACGCCCAGUACCUCUUCCCCAAGCUGCUGCAGAAGAUGGCCGACCUGCGGCAGCUGGUCACCGAGCACGCCCAGAUGAUGCAGCGCAUCAAGAAGACCGAGACGGAGACCUCACUGCACCCGCUGCUCCAGGAGAUCUACAAGGACAUGUACUGAGGGGGUGCGCCUGGGGCCUCCAGGGGCAGGCGGACAGAGCAGGGAUAGGCACCACCCACGGGACUUUUCCGGAGAGCAGCCCUGAGCGCCGGCGCCGCUUGGCACCACACCGCACCCGGAGCCGCACCCGGAGCCGUGGAAUCCCAUCCUGUGCUCAGACACGCGGUCUCUCGCCCCUGCUCUGCUCCCUGCGCUCCCUUCUUCCUCGUGCUCGGUCUCAGUCCCUCUUUCUUCUCUAAUUUCCUUGCGCUCCCUCUCUUCCUUUCUCUCUGUAGGUUUGCCUCUUCCUCACUCCCUCCCUCCCCUUCUCUCUCCCCAUCCCUGUGUCUGUCCCUCCUUUUGUGAGACAGUUUGUGUUACUUCACCAGCAGCAUGGAACGGGUCCUCUGCCUUUGUCCGCCCCGUCCCCUGUCCCCCAAGGAGCAGGAGGAAUGGGCCUGCCCUCUGUACCAACAGUCACCUGCAGGGGUAGGGGCCUCACUUCUCCUGUCUUCACAGCAAAGGAUUUGGGCCAUCCAAAGAAACACUAAGUUCUCUGGGCCAGGCUUCCUGGGGAAGCCACGCAGGGCCUGGGCUGACUGCAGCAACAGCCCGAGUCACCGAGUCACUCCCCCAGACUAUCACCACCCUCCCCUACCCAGCCAACCCCUCUCCAGCAGCACGUCCCAGCCCCACUGAUACCAAUGCCCUCUCUGUUCUUCUUUUCACCAGUCUUCCAGGUCAGUGUCACUGAUGGUCCCCUGCGCUGGCCGCUGGGGGACACCCCCAGCCUGGAAGGAGGUGGGCGUCCCUCCAGGUGGGACCCCCACUGAAGAGGAGCAAGCCUCGAGGGAGGCAGAGGUUGGCAGGGAAGGCAGCAGGCGGUGUACUUAAUUCUGACCCCAGGCCUUGGUGUCAUCGGCACCCACCCCCCUACUCCCACUCUGCAGCAGCCACUGACCAUGACUCCUGUUUCUCCACUCAGUGCCAGGACCCGGCCUCAGAUGCAUCCAGGAGCCCAGCUGAAGCCCACGCCCCCCCACACACACUCCCUGGAGCUGCCACUCCAUACACACAAGCACUGACUCACUUUACCUGGUUCUACACCCUUUACCCUGCCCUCCCUUCCCUGAGACAGAUGGGCUAGAGGGGCCUACAGGCGGAUGGGCAGAGCUGGGCCAGAUCCCUUGGUGGCCAGGGGUCAGCUGAGCCAGCCCAGCACCUGCUCAUGUGUGACUGCUCAGUGUGAUGUCCAUUCGUCCCAACAGUUCUGCCGCCUUCCCCUUCCCGUGUUUGGCCCGGCUGGUCACUGACCCUGUGCAGUUUCUGGUGACCAGAGACCUUGCCAGGCCCAGUCCCGCUCCUCCCACGUGAAGCACUAAGCCUGGGAAGAGGGGCUGAAGCCCAGCUUGGAUGCUGUGUCUGAGCAGGAAGGCCGAGAGCCCACCCAGGCUGCUUCUCCAGGAAAGAGACUGGCCUGGAAGGGCGAGGGACUUGGUGAGGGUCUAUGAGAAAGGUUGGGGAAGGCCUGAGGCCAGAGCCCAGGCUUCCUGGGUCCCGUCCAUCUGCCCCUGCCUUCCAUGCCCUGAGCUCAUUCUCUACUGACAAGAUACUUCCCUCUCCCACCCCCACCCUCGGCUGACCAAGGAUUGGGGUUGGGGUGCUCCCUUUGAGCCAGCGCUGUAAAGGGAGAGACGCUGUGCCUGACCCCCGGCCCCCACCCCCCACCCAGGUCUGGUGCUGAGGAUAUAGCUCUUCUCAGUGUCUGAACAAUCUCCAAAAUCGAAAUGUAUAUUUUUGCUAGGAGCCCCAGCUUCCUGUGUUUUUAAUAUAAAUAGUGUACACAGACUGACAGAACUUUAAAUAAAUGGGAAUUAAAUAUUUAAGAGUU